CUCAAAUACGGUCAAGAACAUCUAAUGCGCAGCCCCGCCGUCCGUUUCCCUACCUGUGCGAAAGGUCCGUUAAUCACCUUCUCAACUCUAAUCAUUCGCCCCCUAUUUCGAUCGAGUCCGCCAUAGAUUUCGAGAAUCCCACAACCCGAGCUUCAAUAUCCAUUACGCUAUCCUCCAUCUCCACGAGACAAUAAUCUGCGCGGUGUCCUGCAGCAUACACUGCAGACACAGCCAGUAUGGCUUCCUUCUUGGAGAACUCGUAUAGCUUGGUACAUCAAGAUAAUGCGGCGGACGUACCUACCAUGUCCGAGUUGCGGACACAGCUAGAGAAGGGGACAGAUGAGAGCAAGGUGGAAACAAUGAAGCGCAUUCUCACUAUCAUGCUGAACGGCGACCCAAUGCCUCAACUUCUCAUGCACAUCAUUCGAUUUGUUAUGCCUUCAAAGCACAAGGCUCUCAAAAAACUAUUGUAUUUCUACUAUGAAAUAUGUCCAAAGCUCGACGCUAGCGGAAAGUUGAAGCAAGAGAUGAUUCUAGUCUGCAACGGCAUCCGAAAUGAUCUCCAACAUCCCAAUGAAUACAUUCGGGGAAAUACCUUGCGAUUCCUGUGCAAGCUUCGGGAAGCCGAGCUCAUCGAACCUCUCCUUUCCUCCGCUCGCUCCUGCCUCGAACAUCGUCACGCCUAUGUACGAAAGAAUGCUGUCUUUGCUGUUGCCGCCAUCUUCCAGCACUCAGAAAGUCUGAUUCCCGACGCCCCUGAGCUCAUUGCUACUUUCCUGGAGACCGAGACCGACGCCACUUGCAAGAGAAAUGCAUUCGCAGCGUUAGUUAGCAUUAGCCAUGACAAGGCGUUGGCAUACCUCAGCAAUGUCUUCGAUGGAAUACCAAAUGCGGACGAGCUUUUACAACUGGUUGAGUUGGAAUUCAUCAGAAAAGAUGCUGUUGAGAACUCGCAAAACAAGGCCCGCUAUCUACGCCUCAUAUUUGACCUGUUAGAGGCCGGAGCGUCAACGGUUGUCUACGAAGCAGCCUCGUCAUUGACAGCUCUGACAAGUAAUCCCGUAGCAGUCAAGGCCGCGGCCUCCAAAUUCAUUGAGUUGAGUAUCAAGGAAGCAGACAACAAUGUCAAACUUAUUGUUCUCGACCGUGUGAACACUUUGAGACAGAAAAAUGAGGGUGUGUUAGACGACCUUACCAUGGAGAUCCUCCGAGUUUUGUCAAGUCCAGAUAUCGACGUCCGAAGGAAAGCUCUAGAGAUUGCUCUUGAAAUGGUCUCCAGCAAGAACGUCGAAGAAGUUGUCUUACUCUUGAAGAAGGAGCUAUCCAAGACGGUGGAUCAAGAAUACGAGAAGAACAACGAGUACCGACAAUUGCUGAUCCACUCGAUACAUCAAUGCGCCAUCAAGUUUUCGGAAGUGGCUGCUAGUGUUGUUGGUCUCUUGAUGGACUUCAUUGCGGAUUUCAACAAUACCUCAGCAGUAGAUGUGAUUUCUUUCGUGAAGGAGGUUGUAGAAAAGUUCCCAAAACUCCGACCCUCAAUUGUGGAGCGUCUCGUCUCAACACUGAGCGAAGUUCGGGCAGGGAAGGUCUACCGCGGCGCACUCUGGAUAGUUGGAGAAUACUCUCUGGAGGCAAAUGACAUUCGAGAUGCAUGGAAACGGAUACGGGCAAGCUUAGGCGAGAUCCCAAUUUUGGCGUCGGAGCAAAGACUUCUUGACGAAGCAACAGAUGGCCAGGUGCCUCCUAAAGAGGCAGAGCAAGUGAACGGACACUCAAAGGCGGCACCAACAGGAUCACGAAGAGUUCUCGCAGAUGGCACUUAUGCUACUGAGAGCGCCCUAACAAGUCAGUCCGCAGUGGCUGCAAAACUAGAAGCUGUCAAAGCCGCUCAAAAACCACCCCUUCGACAACUCAUUCUCGAUGGCGACUAUUACCUGGCAUCGGUGCUCUCUUCUACCCUUACCAAGCUUGUUAUGCGUCAUUCGGAGAUCUCACCGGACAAGGCACGCACGAAUGCAUUACGUGCUGAGGCCAUGUUGAUCAUGAUCUCCAUCAUACGUGUUGGCCAAUCACAAUUCGUCAAAGCCCCCAUUGACGAAGAUUCCGUGGACAGAAUCAUGUCUUGUGUAAGAUCUCUCGCCGAAUUCGCGCAGAACAAGGACCUCGAGACCGUUUUCUUGGACGACACGCGAAAAGCUUUCCGAGCGAUGGUGCAAGUGGAGGAGAAGAAGCGCGCGGCUAAAGAGGCCGUCGAGAAAGCCAAGACUGCUGUUCAGGUUGACGACGUUGUCUUGAUCAGACAAUUGGCGAAGAAAAAUGCUGGUGAUGGAACCGAUGAGAUUGAACUGGACCUCGAGAAGGCUACAGGCGGCGAUUCUACAGUCGAGGAUCUGAGUUCGAAGUUAAGCCGCGUUGUACAACUGACCGGUUUCUCAGAUCCCGUAUAUGCAGAGGCAUAUGUCAAGGUCCAUCAAUUCGACAUCGUGCUCGAUGUUCUACUGGUCAACCAGACUACCGAAACUCUACAGAAUCUUUCCGUGGAGUUUGCUACCCUGGGAGAUCUGAAGGUUGUCGAGCGGCCAACUACUCAAAAUCUUGGACCACAUGACUUCCAAAACGUCCAAACCACAAUCAAAGUCUCAUCGACAGACACAGGGGUCAUCUUUGGAAACGUGGUCUAUGACGGUGCUAGCUCUACGGAGAACAACGUAGUCAUUCUGAACGAUGUACAUGUCGACAUCAUGGAUUACAUUCAGCCAGCAGUCUGUACGGAGACACAGUUCAGAACCAUGUGGACAGAGUUUGAGUGGGAGAAUAAGGUCAACAUCAACUCGAAAGCGAAGUCAUUACGAGAUUUCCUCACACAACUUAUGGCCUGUACGAACAUGAGUUGUCUCACUCCUGAAGCCUCUUUGAAGGGUGACUGCCAAUUCCUGAGCGCUAAUUUAUAUGCCCGUAGCGUCUUUGGUGAGGAUGCACUUGCAAACCUGAGCAUCGAGAAGGAAGGUGAGGAUGGGCCAGUCACCGGCUUUGUCAGAAUCCGAAGUAGAUCUCAGGGUCUAGCGCUCAGUCUCGGGUCACUGAAAGGCCUGAACAAAGUUGGAGAGGCCGCUUGAUAGAAGAAAAUUCCAUCAUGGAAUAGGAUCGUCCGGACUGCAAUCCAGUGGACUUACCAGUAUGGCGCUUCCUACUGAAUACUGAAGCUAGAAAUGUCCAGCGAAGUAAAGCGCAUAUGAAGAAAGGGCGUCGGGUAGAACCAUUUGUCAGCGAAUUAGGGACGCUUCGAUGCGAAUCACCGUGACUGGUGCAGAAAAGCUAAAAGGAGUUAUCUAGAUGCAGAGAGGGGUAUUGCAAUAAAUAUCGAUGUCCUG